AUGUCUGGCCGCUUCGUUUCCGGCGGGACGAUCAGCAGCGGCGGCGGCGGCGCCGCGGACAACGACUCAAAUGACACAAGCACCACGGCUGCUGCCGCCGCCUCUUCUGUAGCAGCGAGAGAGCCGCUGGCGAAGAAGAAGAGCGUGGUGGAAUGGGAGGCGGUGCAGCGGGAGCUUGAGGAGGAGAGGAGGAAGAGGGAGCGGGCGAGGGCGGAGUUGGCGGGGGAAGCAGGGGGACAGCAGCAGCAGAGCUUGUAUGAUAUAUUGCAGGCGAAUAAAGCGGCGAAACAGGCGGCGUUUGAGGAGCAGAAUAAGCUCAAGAAUCAGUUCCGUGCGCUGGACGACGAUGAGAUUGAGUUCUUGGAUGAAGUGAGGGCGAGGGAAAAGGCUGAGGAGGAGCGUGCGAGGAGGGAGAUUGAGGAGGGGCUGAAGGCGUUUCGGGAGAGGCAGAAGAGCACGGGUAGUGGUGGCGCUGGUGGUGGUAGCGGUGGAGAUGGAUCUUUGACGGCGAGCGAGGAUAUGGGAGGUGGAGGAGGAGGGGGGGAGGAGGCGGAGGAGUGGGUUGUUGGGGGGCGGAAGAGGAAGAGGCAUCACGAGAGGGAGGUUUUGGGGGUGAAGAAGAAGGUUGCUGUUGGUGCUGAGGGGAAGGAUGGGAAGAAGCCGAGCUUGGGGCUUGUGAGUUAUGGUUCGGACAGUGACGAGGACGAGGAUUGA